AUGUCGUUUCUUAAGAAUGUUACAUCAAGCUUUACUAUUCGGAGUCGCGAUACAAUUCUUAAAGAAUCACUUAUUAACAAUUUGUCGGAGUGUGUAAAGGAUAUCCAAUAUAACAGUCAGUUUGAAGAAAAUUUUCAUAGUGUACUUGGUUCCACUGAUUCAACUAAUACUUUGUGUAUGGCCUUAGAAGCUGUAUUUCUUCAUGGUUUGAAAGACACUUUCCUAAGAAAAGCUAAAAAUGUUAUAUCUGGUGACCCAGACUAUAGGCCUCAGUCAAGUUUCUGGCCCCUUGUUCUGGUGUUGUCACAUAGACAAAAUAUUGAUCAGAUAUCUGCUUUGCCUCAAAUUAACACAGAAAUAGGCCAGUGCAGAGCAUGGCUCAGAAUUGCUCUAAAUGAUUGUUUAUUAUCUUCCUACAUGUCAACUUUACUAAAAAACAUAUCAGCGGUGAAGCCCUUCUAUAACAGAAGUGCCUUUGUCUGUGAUUCAGAAAUACUUGAAAUGGCUCAGAAGCUUAUUGAAGGAUUGGAAACAUGUGUCCAGUUUAAUUUGCCAAUCAAUUCUAGUUUGCUCAAUCAAUGGCCCGAGCAAGUUUUGAUGCAGGCAGGCAUAUGGGUACCUACAAUGAGAGUAGCACCAAUCAGUGCUGGCUUAGAUGUGGCAAGCACUUUAACAGAUGAAAUUAAACCAAAACUAGCGACCACACCAACUCACAAUUCUAACAUUACUGGAUUAGGAAAAAUGCUUGCCUUUAGUGAGGAUGAAGCACUUGAAUUCAUUUUAGCGAAAGACAUUCAUAAUGUGACAAGUGACCAAACCAAAAAUGAGGUGGAAAAUAUAAAUAAACAGCAAAUUAAAGAAAGCAGUCCAAAUCAGGUUACUAAAGAAAAUGAGAGCUCUUUGCACAAGGAUAGACAAAAAGAAGAGGAUUCAAAUUUGGAAACUGCAUCAGAACCUUUAGAUAUGGAACCUACAACGAGCCAGGAAACAGGUCAAGCUAAUGUAUACUCGUCUUCAAUUGAUUCUGGAGAAUUUGUCACCCCUGCGGAUAUAAUUGUUACUGGCAAUUCACUCUGUGGCAAGGGAUGGUCUAAUGAUAGUCAUGAUGAUUUAAAUACUUCUGUCAACUCAAAUUCUUCUCAUGGCAGUAGCAUGAUAAAGACUCCUGAAUUGAAAAGUCUAUCCUCACUUGUAGACAACUCAAAUAUUUACAGUGAUGGAUGUAACAACACUCCCAAUUUAAGAGACAUUAUGCAAGAUAUCCACAAAGAACUUAAACUCACAACAGAUGAUUCUGAGAUUUGUGAACUAAAAGUUGAAACACCUGUAUCAGAAGAUUUAACAUUGCAAGGAUUAGACUUUGAAGUAGUUUCCAACUCUACAACAGGUUCCUUUACACCUCAAGAGUUACAAGCAAUGAUCAAGCAAAUUGGAACAUUAUCUCGAGAAAAAGGUUUAGAUUUCCAAAAUUAUCAAUGUAAAAGUUGUCAGGAUUUAUUAGGAAGCACAGUGUCAAAGGCAAAAGUAUGUGGUUUUACUGGAGAGUAUUAUUGCUCUAACUGUAUGGAUCCAAAUGUUUUUAUCAUCCCAGCAAGAGUGAUUCACAAUUGGGAUUUCAAAAGGUAUCCUGUCUCAAGGAAAUCAGCUAUAUUUUUGUUAGAAUUUCAACAUCAUCCAUGGAUAGAUAUGAAGAAAUUAAACCCUAAAAUAUAUAGUGGUGUCUCUGAUAUGGCGCAGUUACAAGAACUAAGAAUACAAUUAAACUUUCUUAGAGCAUACAUAUUCACAUGUCGGGAACCUGUUAUUGAGGAACUACAGAAAAGGGUUUGGCCGCGAGAGUACUUAUAUGAUCACGUCCAUUUAUAUACUAUAUCUGAUUUAGCUCAAAUACCCAAUGGUUCUUUAGCUCUGCAACUAGAGAAAGUUGUGAGCUUCGCAAAAUCACAUGUCCUCGAUUGCUGGCUGUGCAGUCAGAAGGGCUUCAUAUGUGAAGUUUGCCGAGAUUCUAAAAUAUUAUAUCCCUUUGAGACAGCCACCACAUAUAGAUGUGAUGAAUGUUCUAGUGUUUUCCAUUCUAAAUGUCUCAAUGAGAACACUCCAUGUCCUAAAUGUAAGAGGAGACAGGACAGAUCGAGUGAUGCACUAAUGUUUGAUACACAUAAUCAAUUGAUAAAAUAA